AUGAGCCAAUUUCAACUCUUUCCCACGACCUCUCCACAAUCCAAGGGCUCCAAGAAUCCAUUCCGAAAGGAGAAAAGGCCACAAGCCGCCAGCCCCAAACCGUCUGGUUCGACUCGAGGCUCGAAACGAGGUAGUCCGCGGACAGAGGCAGUUCUUGUCCAUGUCUUUGAGGAGACGAACCACGUGAAGCCGCCUCCACAAGCACAUAUCCCCGGGUCUGCGUCAGUGUCCAGUCCAGAGACUCCAGAGUCGCGGACAUGGUCCAGCCCGCAAGGGAACGGAUCAGAACGCUGGGAUUCACCAGUGACUGAAGUAUCCAAGUCGCCGUUGAGCGCUGACAGUCAUAAGGCUGCCGCGCAUAAUACACAUCAGAGCAGUAGCUCCCCGGUGAUACCCAUGAAAUCGAUAUUUCCUCGAUACGAUCCCAACGUCCCGCUCAGUCAACAGAAGUAUUACCCGCAACUGCCAAAUAGUCCUCAAGGACGCAGGCCUCGCGCACUUACUUUAUCGCCGCAACCUGAAAUUGAUCGCACCCUUGGCCCAAAGACAGUCCCAGCCAGCGUGAUGGAUUUUCCUACAGACGUCCUGGACCAAGUCGAGGUACGAUAUUCAUCUACGGAGGAACUGAAAGAUCUGUGGGAAGCUGCCAAUGGUCAACGACCAAAAGACCUCGCAGAAACAUACAAUCUGCGCGUUGCCCGAACGGAUUCUUCCACAUUCACAUUUGGAGAUCCCAACGCACCUUUCUACACAAUGCAGACCCAUCCUACCGAUGAGCUCUCCAUCAAGAGAGCCAACCCCUCAACUCUUAAGAGCAGCGUGCCAAUCAUGACAUUGAAGCUCGAAGAUCGUCGUCGUCGCGAUCCCCCGAAUGACGGUCUUGUCACGCAGCUCUUUUCGCGCCUCGCAGCGAUGCUCGCCAUCGACCAAGCAGAAGAACUAGCAAGACGUCACCUGCUCGACUUCGCCGAAGCGGCCGAGGUCGAGGGCAACGCACUCAAACGGGCGGCAGCCCAAGAAUCCUGCAAGCUCACAUGGAACUACACCCGGCGACUCUACGAGCUGCGACAUCCGUCCCUAAGCAAGGCUCAUCGGCAGCAACCAGCGCUCGUCGGCGCGGCAGGUAUUCCUCUCUCUCCAGUGCGGUCCAACUACGCCGGACUCCUGCACAUCAGCGUGUCGACGCCGUCGACAGACGUCACGAGUUCCGCUCAACAGCAACCUCCGACAAUCCUCGUGACGACCCCAUUACCGGCCAACGCGGUCGAGACCGCCCACGCCGCCGCCACCCCGCGCACGUCGACCCUGCCGUUGAUGGACUCGGACGAGCCGCUGGCAGCGCUGGAUCUCGCCUCGAUGACCCUAACCAUCUCGGCGGCGGCCAUCACGGCCACCAUCCCAUCGCUGUAUGCCAUCGACUCGCUUGUGUCGGCUGUGAUGGCGGUCGCGAUCGCCGACGACACAGCCCGCCCUUUUCUCCUCAACAUGGACCUCUACAACCCCUGCGAGCACCAGGCGCCGUAUGUGGUUGGCGGAGGGAAGCGGUUUACGGGCAAGCUUGUGGCCACGCUGGCGGAGCGAGAGGACGCCGAGCAAGGCACAGAGCUCGCAUCGAAGAUCAAAAGUGAGAGGGCCGAGCGUGGCGAGCGGGGACUAUCAUGGUUCCGGUCAUUUGGACGAAAGAAGUCCGAGCCCGCGCGGAAGGGUAAAACCAAGAAGAUCGUUGUUGAGGAGUUCGAUCUAGAGCGGUACGGUCGAUAUGGGAGUAGCUCCUCGCGGGACGGGGAGAAACUGCCCGGUGCCACUCGAGGCGUCUUACGGGUUCUGUUCUGGGGGUUGAAUAUGGUCGUUCAUGCGCUUACACUGAUGGUCAAGAUCCCUGGCCUGGGCAUUGGUUAA